UUUCAUUUAAGCAAAGAUCAUAAAAAUUGAAUCGUCCCUUUUUCACCGCCACUUCAUUAGUUCUUUACCUUCUCCUUUACUUCCUACAUGGUAACAUCUACCUGCUGUUGCUGCAUUCCGCUUAGAGUGGGAGUAGGCAUUAUUGCCACAUUUUCAUUGGCUUUCUAUGGGUCCAGCUUGAUCCUUUGCUUUGUCUAUAAAAACGAGUAUUACAGUAUAGUCGACAAUCGUAUAAACGGAGUAAAUGCGAUAUUCUGGUCCUCGGUAGCCGUCUCAAUAGUUUGGCUUCUGGCGUCCUUGUUCGGCCUGAUUGGUGUCCUGACCCAACGUCGUGGUAUGGUUUUGCUAUUCAACACCUUCAAUUGGAUCAUGGCCUUCUUAACUCUCGGAGUGUCACUUGCAGCCUUCAUUUUGUUGUUGGCCAGAGAGCAAGAUGCGCACAACAACUGCGUUACCUUCUGGAACGAGCAGGGUGGUCCCCCCACAGCCGACGGCUCGCCUUAUCACAGCUCCGUCAAUAUACCUUCAAACCAACAAAGCAUCGACGACUACUGUACCAACAUUCUCAAAAUUCUUACCAUUGUUGUCGGUGUAUUGACCUUUGUUGGUAACGGUAUUCAGCUCUACUUUGCUGCUAUGGUCGGUGCUUACUCGACAAGAUUGAAGCGAUUCAGACAGCAUGUACCACUUCGCGACUUGGAUUACAUGCAAGAUAAGCAAUAUACAAGCCCAUAUCCCAACCCAUAUUGAGGAAUUCACUCAUAGUAGCCUUAUUUAUAAUCGCUAUACUGUUGCAAUAAAUAUAUCUUCGCC